AACCGGCAGUUACAAUACAACUUUCCUGGUGUCGACGUAGUGUUUGUGAACAACAUGGACCAAUACAUAGGAAAAAAAUAUAAACUAAAAACUUCAGACAAUUUUGAGGAUUACCUGAAAUUCGUUGAUAUCGGCCUGAUCAGCCGGAAGACAGCAGUGGCAGUGAGCCCGACGGCGGUGUUGACCAGCAACGCUGAUGGCAGCUACACGUGGACGAUGAGCACCAGCUUCCGAACGGUCACCAUGACCUUCAGAGAGGGCGAGGAGUUUGUCGAGGAGAGAGCUGACGGCGUAAAGGUGAAGUCGCUGAUACAGUUCGAGGAUGACAAGAUGAUCCAGACACAGACCGAAGAUAACGGCAGGAAGUCCAUACACGUGCGGAUAUUCACCCCGGAGACAUUAACUGUGAUAACCACGGCAGAAGGAUGGAACGGAAAGUGCACGCGAGUUUACGAAUUAGUGAAAUGAAGAAUCUCCUACUUAGAAAUUAUUAUAAGUAAAAGCAUUGUGAUUAUUAUGCCGACUUUCGAGCCAUUAGAUUAAAUAAAAAGAUGAAUAUUGUAAAGUAAUUGAUAUAGAUUAAUUUUAUAA